AUGGCAUCUUGUAUUCACAGCUGCGUCAAUGUUUCUUGUUCCCCUGUUGAUCAUUAUAUGCUCGUACACCUACAUCUUCAUAGUGUCCUACAAGCAGAGACAACGUGUCAGAAACAGGGCCGCGACUUUCCAGGAAUGCCAACUAUCAAGCACGAAAUGAAAGGCGCCCGAACUCUCGCCAUUGUUGUGGCGCUGUGUCUGCUCAGUAUCAUUCCUAUCCUUGUUGUGACAUGAGGAAUUCAGAAACGCUUUUCGCAAGAUGCUAAAGUGUUGCUAAGCGAGUUUAGCACAUGAACGCCGUUAGGUAUUGUAGGCCAUAUCCAAGAUUUAAUAUACUUUUCUUUAAGGCCAAUGGGCUAAGUAUCGAGUAACAGACGAUACCAAACUCUCUUUUGCAAGCGAGAACAGCUCAAUUUGGUUUGUACCUUUCGUCUCUUGUCUGCUAAAUUGCUAGACUCAAAUAAAGAGCCCUACGUAGGAACUGUAAUAAUAUAGCGGGGCGAAUGUAAGUUGGUCAAAUUUUGUAACAAGUUUCAUUUUGAGUAAAAAAAAGGUUCUGUUCUACGAAUAAGACCUUUUUAUUGCGAGUCUUCCCAAACCGAAUUUACGAAAACGAUCGAGAGCUCCGCAUGGUGGCGCACUGGUUUGCUGAAGAGAUGACCCGAGCAAGAAUCUCAACUGUUUGGGAAGACUCACAAUAAAAAGGUCUUAUUCGUAGAACAGAAACGUCACUAGUACAGGCUAAUGGUAAUAGUUGUAAGGGCCGUGCGAAACACAGCACUAAACACGUUCGAACUCGUGAUUGGCCAGGGAACCACCGCCUGCACACUGCUGAUAAGAAACGGGAAAUGCCUCGAAAUAAAAUGACAUUAUGAUUCCAUCUCCUCAUGAUGUUUGUUUUACAAGGGGCCCAAUGAAGGACAUAAACUGAUAGCUGCGAUUUCGUCAACAUUUUUACUGUCAGCAGAGAAAAGAGGGAUUUUUAACUGAGUGCUGAGACUUGAUCAAAAAAUUAUUGAUACGGGUGGGGAAAACCAACGGCGAUUCCAACACCCCCAUGCAGACCCAUUUUAACUCUUAAAUGUUGUAAAAGAAAAAGCUGCGCAAUUUCAUUCGUGCUUAUGCAGAUAGCAUGGUGAAGAAACAAAAUUUGUCCAUAAAAGUUUAGAAUUAAUUUCAAACAUUCCAGUCUCGUGCUAUCAUGCAAUGAAAUACCAUACCCAAAAACAAACCACAAAAACGCAUAUACCGUUUAGGCACACGGUUCAAAGAACAUCUGUUGGGUGCCCCGGGAAGGGGGUAACUUCCAAAUGAAAACGAUGGAAUAUUUGUCGUCUCGCUUAUGAUUGAUCAUGACUGAAACCAAUGUGAUAUCUUUACCCAUAGGGGUAUCAUUGUGGAUUGUGAGUAAAGAAAUGACUAGGUAAAACAAACAAAUGAUUUAUAACAAAGGGAGAACAGUUGUGACAAAAUCGCGAAAAAACGCGAAAUUUGUAGUUUUUGUAAUUUUCGUUAAAAUUGUAAAAUCACAGGCAACCCAGGCUCUGUGAUAGUACCACAGUACGGUUCCAGUAAAAUUACAGCGUUUGUAUGGGGUAAAAGUACGAUCCUAAAAUUUCUACGAAAUACUAAAUAAAGAUCAAUGAAACUUACUCUGCAGUUAGUUGUUGUUGUCCUUAACCAUAAUGCUCCAACGAAGUUUCGUGAUAAUUUGUUCAAAUUCACGGUAUAUACAAUAAUAAUAUACAAGGUAGGAGACACGAGAUGCCAUCUUCGCCGCUAUGCCCUCAUUCAACUGCAACUUUUUCCACGAAAUCCGAACUCCGACAGAAAAUAAACAUGCAAGGAGUGUAAUAAUAGCAUAGCAGCAGAUAUAGAAACCAAUGAAGCUUUCCCAGAUAGAAAAACGAAUCCCGCAGACUUUGACAAACUCGAAGGAUGUAAUCCAAAAAGGCCGAGAAUAUGCUCGCCGAAGUAGCCGGGCCAGAUCAACGCGCGGCCAAGAAAAUGAGGCCUGGUCACUGUACAAAAAAAAUCCAUCCCGGGUGUCCUGGGUUGACCUUUCUAGGGACCGAUACAUAGCUUUACCGAAGUUAGCCACCCCUGCUGGAAAUACAUUUGCUCGAUCGACGGCUAUUGUUCACUUGAGAAAAACACCACUCGCCCAAGCAAACUACAUGUUCCGGUGCAGAAUUGUAUUCAGAGGAACCAGAAGUAGGAUGGAGGAGUACUAAAAUCGCCGAAAAAAAUAGUGGAUUAUGCCAACACUACCAACGUUGAAUUUGUUGUUGACCCGAUUGUUUUAUUCCAUGGCUGAUUAAUUUACAGCUAUUUGCAAAUAGUUAAGUUGAUCAAGUGCAAGUGACUACCAGGGGAGAGUGUAGAUUGGUUCUUUGACAACAAAAUGACAUGAUCAUAUUGCUUGCAUAGACGAUACAGCAUGUCCCGGCAGAAAAACAGCAUUUUGAUAAAUGAGCAUGCGCUGAACCGUGAAUCUGUCCCUUUAAGGACAGUACAUUUGCAGCAGUUCAAAGCAAUGUAGCGUCCUAAACUAGCUAUGUGAAAAGGGUACCAUUUGUCAGUAGAAGGGUAUACGAAGGGGGUACCUUUUCUGUCAAAAAUAGUAUAUGUGGUAAAUAAAGGUUAAGGCGUUUGACCUCGGGGCGGAGCCUCCUCGUAUAAAAAUUAUCAGUCCGCUGCCGCACAGCUGGUCGAUAUCAAGAAGGUACUGUCUUUUUCCAAGACAGAGCUGAAUUACUUGAAUAAUAUAUAGAUUUAGCCACGGCUAAAAGCGAAGCGCUCGAUAAUAUUUAUAAUUCAAACCAAAUAUAAAAUGAUGUAAUGCUAAGCGGCGAAGGCAACGCCGGAGAACGGUGAAAAAACAACAACUUGUGUAAUUAGCAAAAAUGCAACUUUGCAAGUGCAGCACAAUUUUUCUGUACAUUUCUUUGCCGUUGUUUUGCACGACUACAACGUGAAACUUCCAGAACCUUCUUAGGGCCUGUUUACAUGGAGUGGGGGACCCCGGUAUAGUUGGGUUGGUUUCUUUUGUUUUCACGCUCUAGGGGACACAAAACAAAAGAAACCUCCGCCACUAGACCGGGGCCCCCCACUCCAUGUAAACAGGGUCUUAGUUACACGUUCUCGUACGUAUUCUCGUUCACUUUUUUUUUUUUCACUGCCGCUCAUUUUCACCUUCCAUUGGUGGCCCUCUAGCGUUUCUCAUCUUCUCACCUCCGCUACAACUGAUUUUCAUGUUGUUCUUCCAACGAAAAAAUGUCUUCUUUGUUUCUUUGUCUCUUGCUCUAGAUCUCUGUCGCCCUUUUCCUCUUUGAGCUUCGCUGGCCUGCCGCCUACUUUCUCUAACUCUAUAUUCCAAAUUUGUGGACAUGAUAAUUAAUCUAAGCUUUUAAUUUGUUCAUGCUUUUAGCUGUGCGUAUAUCGAGUUAUGGAUGCACCCGGGAAGUUUGGAGAGCACGGAAGACUUCUUGAGUGCUCUCCAAACUUCCUAAGUGCAAUAACAUAGCUGCCAAAAAUGCUUGCUUUUCGAUUAACUACAAAAUUCUCGUAACGCGAGACACAAUAACAAACGCUUCAGUCUAUUGGCUGAUUACAAACACGCCACAAUGGUGUAGUUUGAGUGAAAAUUCUUUCUGUAAAACUGCUGUAAAGAUGUUUAUGUUUUGCUUGGCGAAAUCCAGAAAACUUGUUUUCCAGCGAAGACGACUGUCAUCCUACGUUAACCUUAUAUUCAUUUACGAACAAUGGCUGGUCAUUACGGCUUCUUGAGAAGACCUGGCAGCAGUUGUUUUUGUGAGUAAUAAAUUUAUGUCUUCUUGUGUAAUUUGUCUUGUCAUUGCAAGAGAAAUUUUUCUGCUUCAGUCGGAUUGUUCGGCGAUAACAAAAGUGUGUAAUUCUUUGUAGCCUGCGUAGCAAGCGUUUCCGUGCUGUUUCGAGAGUCAAAGACCGCGCAACAAAGACCGCGCGAAAAAUGGCCCGAGUAAGCGGGGAGGGGGUGGGGAAGAAAGGAAGGAAACGCUUGCAGACAAACCCAGGGAAUUUGAAAACGGCCUACUCUGCUUGUCAUGCCUGAGUGCGCAUGGUAAUCUUUGUUUUCUUAACGAUACUCGACUGGCUUUCAACUCAUGCAAAUUACCACUUGUAAUGUGUAAUGUACACAAGUGAUUCUUAUAGUCUAAAUUCGAAGCGAGCAAUCUCACAUGAAUCAAUCAGUUUCUCACCUUGCGUGCUAAGUCGAAAAAUAAAUUGUUGCUGAUUUAAAAUAGGGGUACGCAGAUAUUCCUUCCCUCUAACGAUUGGUUGUUGUUGUUGUUAGUCGAGGAGAUGAAAUACUGGUGAACAGAGAGGUAGGGCAUCUAAUGACGACCAAGAGUAUUGACCAUAACGAUGGAGGGGUAUGUUCUGGAAGGGCCAAUCUGGAUAGUCCCUUUUUGGUAUAACACCUUAGCGCACUAAUUUGGACAAAGCUUAUUGACUAUGACGAUAGAUGGUAUUCUGAAAGGGCCAAUCUGGUUAGCCCCUGUUUGGAUAACACAUUAGCACACUUUUUUGGACCAAGAGUGUUGACCAUGACGAUGGAGAGAUGUGUUCUGGAGGGGCCAAUCCGGAUAGCCCCUAUUUGGUACAACACCUUCGCGCUUUUGAUCACCUAGCAUGUUAAAAAGCGCACUAUAAAUGAAUAAAUUAUUAUUAUUAUUAUUAUUAUUAUUAUUAGUAUUAUUAUUAUUAUUAUUACACUGUUUUGGGGCCAAAAGUAUUGCGGACCAUCAGAAGAAGGGAUAAAUUCAGGAGGGGCCAAUCUAGAUACUUUUCACCUGGUGUAGUAUUUUAGCAGGAUUUAAAUGACCUUCUUGGGCCAAUCUGGUUAGCUCCCAUUUGUUUUUUCAACCUUAGCACAACAUGUGGGAUCAUACGAGUAUUGACCAUAAAGAUGGACGAGACCAAUCAUGAAAGCCCUUGUCUGGCAUAACAACACCUUAACAUAUUAUUUGAGAAUUCAUUAUUUUAGACAACCUGGAUGGUGACAGCUCCAAAACGUUGAAAACAUCCUUACUAUUAUAACUUAUUAAUCUUAAUUAAAACAUACGCGCUUGAUAAAACUUUACAAAUGUUCAUAAAACUUUGGAAACUUCGGAACAACUUCGGGUUAUGUUGGGAAAUCAUUGUUGGGAAGUCAUUGAGUAGAUUUCCGAUAUCUAUUAUAUUAAAAAUAUUUUUAAUCAUUUUGGGUACCUUGCCGGUCAACUUUGUGUUCUUAAUACUCAGCAGUAUAUUUUGGAAAUGGUCUGAAUCCCUUUGCAAGUGCAUUAUAGUUUCUGGGACCUUGCAAGGCAAGUGUCGCGUUUUAUGAGGUUUUUGUUCUGGACUGGGUGUUAAAUAGCAAUAAGAAAUAGAAAAGAGAUAAAUCAAUCAAUCAGUCUAUAUGAUGGGUAAAAAAGAAAUCUUUAGUGUACAAACUAAUCAAUGGUUUUUUCAAAUUCUUUGUGUUUUACUAAUAUAUUUGAUGUUCAGGUGCAAAAGAAGUUGAUAUUAUACUGUAUUGUAGAUCCAGAGAAAAUAGCAGUGCCCAAAAAGAAGAAAAGAAAAUAGCGAUAGAGUGAUGUCAAUUUACAUUACGAGAAAACCCGUUUUUUCUUGGUUCUUCGAGCGAAACGGGCGAGGAAAACUUGUAACGCGCGCUUCUCGCUUGUGAAGUGUGCCACCCCAUUUACUUAGUAACUCUAACGGAUAAAUAAGAGACUACUGGUAGUCUUCAUCAGUCAAGUUUAAUUAGCCAUGUUUAGUCUCCUUCCAUAGACAUGCCCACCUCUCCGGCGUAAAAAAUGCGCCCCUCACAGCCAUGCAUCCAAGGCGAGUCUAAAGUCUAAGUUCGCCGUUACUUCCGUUUUAUUUCAGAGUGCAAUAGCCUUGGCAAGAGGUAUUUCAAAGCGCAAGGAUUUUGACAUUGUGCUUUUAGAACAAAAUAAAUAAGUGUUUGCUACGAAGACUUCAAGUUCGAUUGACGUCCCUGUCACGUUUACGUACUUUAUUCUCACUUAAUUUCGCGAGUAUUAGAUUUGGCGAAAAAUUAUGAGCCACAUUUCGCGAAUAUUUAACUUUUCGAUUUUUCUGUUCUUUAAUAUGUAAAGGCGACUUUAAACUCAGAACAGUAACAGCAGAAUAAGUGAUUACCGUAAUAAAACAGAAAACAAAGACGAUUACGAACAAAACGUCAACCAGCUAAACAUAUUAAAGCAGAAGGCCUUCAAUGGUCUAACUACAGUGUAACUACCCACAGAUAGUUACAUAGUAAAUAUCUACACUCUGAUAAACUUGUUGGGAUAACUAAUAAAGCAACAUCUUGAAUUUCGUUAUUUUUUGCGUAUAGGUGUGUCUGGUAUUAAAUUUCGCGAUUUUUCCCGGAUCGCGAAAAUAGCGAAAUAUAAUUCUCUCGAAAAGUGUAUGGCAAAAGUUGACUACUUUGAACUCUCAAUGCUUUUAAGAAAGUCGUUUCCUUCUCAUCCUUUUGAUUAACAUGUGAAACAGGGAAGCAAACCCCUUCCAAUAAUAGCAAUUACACGAUCUUUUGUUACGCGAAAGCAAUCAGAAUUAGUCCGGCCAGUUGGUUUUGUCUGCGCGUAUGCGUCUGUGUUAAAAAGGAAUAGAAUAGAAGAAUAGUUGUCAUUUUGUUGUUGUUGUGUGGAUUUUAUGGACCACGUGUUUAUUCUGCCUUUUGCAUACGGCUGACAGUUCUUGACCCUAUCACGAUCGAUUCAAAUAAAAGUCGGCAGAGCAUAAUUUAGAAAGGAAAAACACAUUGUACGAUCUGCUGGUCUUGUUGCUAUAAUUAACGUUUUAAAACCAGCAUUGAAGUCUGAAGACACAUCAUGGCCAGCAAUUUGUCUUGUAACGAGGACAAAUGCGGGCUAAACGAAGCGCAUUGCCCUGCUCAAAACCUCAGCCUGGCGAAGGAAACAGUAAUUAUAAUUUCAGUUAUGAGCAUUCAUCUCAUCUUCACUGUCGCUGCCGUCUUCGGUAGCUAUCUUGUGAUUAGAGCGUUUCACAAAUUUCAUAGUCUUCGAACUGCUUCUAACGUUAUUCUGGUAAGUUUGUCAACCGCUGACGGUUUACUGGCGAUUCCUUUGAUUUUCGGCAUCGUGCAAAUGAGUCUUAGACUGUUAAACGGCUCUGAUGCUGAGUGUAGCUCCGGUCCUCUUGGAAAAAUAACCUCAACAUCCAGCUUCUUUCUCAUCUCCGUCAUAAUUCUUCACCUCGCGUUGAUAAGCGUAGAACUUUUAAUCGCCGUGAAGUUCGCCUUAAGAUACCACACCAUAGUGACCAAUCCUCGAGCACUGAUCGUCGCCUUGGCAAUGUGGUUUUUUGCUGCGACCGUUACGAUAACUUUUGCAACGACACUUGUAGCAAACAGUGGAGACAUUGAACGGUUUCGCCAAGCGAUGGAUCCACACUGUAAAAACCCUGAAAAUCCUUUGGAUCACGAUCUUAAUCCGUUAAUGAAAGGGCUUCUCAUCUUUCUAGUAAUGUUUUUGCUAGUCAUCCCCUUGGUAAUCAUUUUGUGCUCAUAUGGCUACAUCUUUAUCGUCUCCUACAAACAAAGGAAAAAUAUAAGAGGACAAAACAACAUUCCAGGAAUGGCUACCGCCAUCAAGCACGAAAUGAAAGGCGCCAAUACUCUUGCUAUUGUUGUAGCCGUCUGCCUUCUCAGUAUCGUCCCACUGAUAAUCGUGACAGGCCUUCGCUUUUUCGGCGAACUUCCAGAACGUUGCGACCCAAAGAGAAAGUUAAUUAAGUUUAUUGUUUUUGACUUAGCAACAGGCUUAAACACCAUCUGUAAUCCUCUUGUCUACGGAUGGAGAAAUGAAAAAUUCAGCACCGCUUUUCGCAAACUGCUGAAGUGCUCUUAA